AUGACCGAACUCAUUCGAAUGACAAGAAUCGAAGAGGGGCUUGAAGUGACUCCGCGUGUCGAUACAGGACCAUCAACAUCGAUUAUCUAUCCAAACAUGUCUGUUGUUUCCCAACCGCCUCCACUCGAAACGAUUCCUGAAAUUUCGGAACGCGAAAUUCCCAAAAAUAGAUCAAAACCCAAAAAAGCAGUUUUCAAUGAGGAUGGGGAUAUUACGACGAGAAGUUCCACAAGUAAAAAUAGCCAUAACAUUGUUGUACCGCCCAUUUUUAGUGAGACAAACUUUUGGUUUGAAAAGCCCAAUAGAGCGCAUUUGCAGUAUGCAUCCAAUGAGGCUUGGAGGGAAUUGAGUCAUCUGAAACGGGCGAAGCGCUACAACUGCCAAGAAAAGUCGCAAAACUGUCCACCUGGACCACAAGGACCCCAAGGAAAAGCUGGGAGAGACGGAGAACCAGGAGAACCAGGUAUCGAUGGAACCGAUGGAUCAUCAGGAAUCAGUGUAGCUGUGGCUGGAGGUUGUAUCAAAUGUCCUGCAGGGAAACCGGGAAAACGUGGAAAGAAAGGAGAAAUGGGUCGAAAAGGGAAGAAUGGAAAGAAAGGAAUAUCAAUGAAAGCAGUGAUUGGAUCUAUUGGACUAAUGGGAUCAAUAGGAGUUCCUGGAUAUCCUGGAUUUCCAGGUCCACCUGGACCUAUAGGACCUCCUGGAAGAGAUUCUAAUAGAUUUAUUAAUCCCCCUGGUCCACUUGGUCCACCAGGAAGAGAAGGAUAUCAAGGAGCACAGGGACCUGCAGGCUUUGUUUACAACACUGGCCUUGUUGGUCCUGUUGGACUUUCUGGUAGAGAUGGAUUGAAUGGAAAACCUGGAGACACUGGGAAGAUUUUUUUUUCAAAAUUCCAAAAAAACCUCGAAUCUCCCAGAAGCUACAGUAUCCUCCAAGCCAAGGCUCCGCCCCCUUUUUGGGACCACGAACCACAACAAAAGCUCCGCCCCUUUUUUCUGGUCCACUGUUUGCUCAAAUCGGUUCAGUAA